AAGUACCACGCAGGAUACCGUAAGCAGUUGGGCCACCACAUCGGCGCUCGCUGUGUCCAGGACGACCCUCUGCUCGUGCUGGCUCUGAACUCAGCCAAGAUCGCCAGUGACGUCCUGUACAAGAAGGACUUCAACCAGUCCAAGACCAAAUUCAACCUGCCGGUGGACAUGCUGGCCUUUGAGCUGGCCAAGAAGAACCAGAUCCAGGUCAACCACACCAACUACAUCACCCGCCUCCACAACUGGACCUGUCUGCCAGACUCCACUGAUGUGGUCCAGGCCAGACGUGCUUAUGACAUACAGAGUGAUGCCGUCUACAAAGCUGACCUGAAGUGGCUCCAGGGCCUGGGCUGGGUCCCCAUUGGCUCAGUCGAGGUGGAGAAAGCCAAGAAGGCUGCAGACGCCUUGAGUGAAAGGAAGUACCGCCAGCACCCCUGGAAGAUUCCCUUCACCAGCACCACAGAUGCCAUGAACAUCGUACUGGCAAAGAAUAACGCUUUGACCAUGAACAAGCGCCUCUACACCGAGGCAUGGGACAAGGACAAGACCAAGCUGCACAUCAACCCUGACACGCCUGAGAUCGUCCUCUCUCAGCAGAAUGCUAUCAACAUGAGCAAGAAACUGUACAGACAAGGUUAUGAGGCCACCAUCAACAAAGGCUAUUUCCUCCCUGUGGAUGCAGUGUCUGUCAAGGCUGCCAAGGCCUCCAGGGACAUCGUCAGUGAUUACAAGUACAAGGUGGGGUACCGUAAGCAGGUGGGCCACCACAUCGGUGCUCGCUGCGUCCAGGACGACCCUCUGAUCAUGCUGGCUCUGAACUCAGCCAAGAUCGCCAGUGACGUCCUGUACAAGAAGGACUUCAACAAGUCCAAGACCAAGUUCCACCUGCCGGUGGACAUGCUGAGUAUUGAGCUGGCCAAGAAGUGCCAGAUCCAGGUCAACCACGCCAACUACAUCACCCGCCUGCACAACUGGACCUGUCUGCCAGACUCCAGUGAUGUGGUCCAGGCCAGAAAAGCCUACAACCUCCAGAGUGAUGCUGUAUACAAAGCCGACUUGGAUGAGAUCGUGGGCGUAGGAUGGGUCCCCAUUGGUUCACCUGAUGUGUUGAAGGCCAAGAAUGCUGGAAUAAUUCUCAGCGACCAUCUCUACAAGCUGAAACCAGACACACAGAAAUUUACAACUGACAUGACUUCUAUCCCCAUGGUCUUGGCCAAAGCGAACGCUGCAAUCAUCAACAAGAAAAACUACACUGAUGCUUGGGAGGCUGACAAGGUUAAGAACCAUGUGAUCUUUGACUUACCUGAGAUUCUGCUCUCUAGAGCUAAUGCUUACAACAUCAGCAAGAAAAUAUACAGGGAAGGUGUUGAGGAGAUGUUUAGGAAGGGCUACGACAUUAAGACCGAUGCCGUCUCUAUUGUUGCUGCCAAACGUGGAAGAGAAAUCAUCAGUGAUUACAAAUACAAGAUGGGGUACCGUAAGCAGGUGGGCCACCACAUCGGUGCUCGCUGCAUCCAGGACGACCCUCUGAUCAUGCUGGCUCUGAACUCAGCCAAGAUCGCCAGUGACGCCCUGUACAAGAAGGACUUCAACGAGUCCAAGACCAGGUACAACCUGCCGGCAGACAUGCUGACUCUGGAGCUCGCCAAGAAGUGCCAGAUCCAAGUCAACGACUUCAACUACAGAACUCAUCUGCACAACUGGACCUGCCUACCUGACUCCACUGAUGUGGUCCAGGCCAGAAAGGCUUACGACCUCCAGAGUGAUGCUGUUUACAAGGCCGACAUGGAAUGGAUCAGGGGAACAGGUUGGGUGCCAAUCGGUUCAGUUGAUGUGGAAAAAGCCAAGAAAGCCACCGAGAUCCUAAGCGAGAUUAAGUACCGUCAGCAUCCCAGCCACUUCAAAUUCACCGCCAAGACAACUGACAUUCCCUUUGUCCUGGCUCAGGCCAAUGCCCACACCAUGGACAAG